AUGAGUGAGUGUAAAACAGAAGUCGAUGUUCCGUCGACCUCAGGUGCGAAAGUAGUUGUUGAAUCAGUGAUACCAACAAUGAGUGAGGAGACAUUGUCUGCAGUACGUCGUGAAAGCCCACAAGAUGCUUCUUCCUUCCAUAAUUGUAAUUUUCGUGUCUUAUCUCAAUUCGUUUCUAUCACCGAUUUACACUUCAAAGAACGAUCAUUUUCUGUCUUCACUGAACUUUCAUUAGCACCAUUACAUCCUGAACUACGACAAAUUUGUCUUAAUGUUGGGCCAGAUGUUAUGUUGCCAAAUGAAUUCCCAGAUGGUGUUAUUGGUCGAGUUACUGUAAACGAUGAAGAUGCAGAAUAUAUUCGGAUGGAUCCUCUCAAAGUAUUGAGUCACAAGGCGGGACAAAGUUUGAACAGUCUUUCACACGAUAUGUACGAUGAACUAGAGGAUUGUGAGGGUGAACUUUUAAUUAAUGUUCCAGAAAGUUGUUAUGUACUUAUGGAUGAACAAAAAGUUAUUAAAAUUGGCAUUGAUAUCAGAGUUGUUAAUCCGAGGCAUGGUAUACAUUUUGUUUGUUCAUUUUCUGAUGAUGAUACUUUGGAAAGUGGCGCUCAUAUGUAUACAUACAGGUCGGGUACGCUAUCGAGUACGCGUCAUUGGUUACCUUGUUUGGAUACACCUGAUCAGUUAUGCUUAUGGCGAAUCGAAGCAACUGUUGAUCUUAUGUUCACAGUAGUUGCCAGUGGCGAAUUAUUUGAUACGGAAUAUACAACUGACUUACAAGAAAAGAUUUAUCACUAUCAACUUUUAGUACCAACUUCUGCAAUUAAUAUCGGUUUUGCGGUUGGUUGUUUUACUCCAGUUGUGCAUCCUGAUAUGCCUGAAAUAACAAGUUUUGCACUUCCUUCACUAUAUCCUCUCGUAAAGCAUACAACUUCAACAAGUGAUCGAGUUUUUGAAUACUUUGAAGAGCUUCUAUCUUGCCGAUUUCCUUUUUCAUCCUAUAAACAAGUUUUUGUUUACCAGAUUCCCGAUGAAGUUACAGCCUAUACUGGUUUAUCAAUACUCUCACUGACCUUAUUGUAUCAUAAGAAAAUUUUGGAUGUUGUACAAAUGACGCGUCAGUGCCUUGCUUAUGCAGUAGCGCAGCAGUUUUUUGGAUGUUUUGUUACCUCAACGUGUUGGCUAGAUAUUUGGCUAGUUUCUUCGCUUGCAAGAUCUGUCACUGGCAUGUUUGUAGAGCGAUUUUUCGGUUUUUCUGAGAAUCUUUUUCAGAUCAGUAAAAUGCUGAGUAGUGUUUGUGAUUAUGAAACACGUUGGGGAAAAAUUGUUUUGCGGCCCUCAAAUACAAAUUAUAAGCAGUAUUUACAUUUCGAUCCAAGAAACCCGUAUACUUGCUCUCCUCUGUAUGCAGAUGCUUUGUUCAAGAAAGGACACCUUGUCAUGCGGAUGCUUAACCAACGUUUAGGCAAGGAAUCAUUUUUGCAGGUAAUACAGAAAAUAUUAAGCGUAGCGAUGCAAGCAAGCCAACUGCAAAAAGAGCCAGUUCAUUGGCAGCAUAUGACAGUUUCAACGGAAUCGUUUUUUCGUACCGUUUCCAGUGUUACGGGCCAAGAAUUGCCGACAUUUCUGGAGCAGUGGAUUCACAGCGGUGGUCAUGCAAAAUUUUGGGUGCAGUAUGCUUUUAAUCGUAAACGAAAUAUGAUUGAACUUGAAGUUAAACAAGAACCUUCUGCAAAUCGUGGACGACAAAGUUACGUUGGUCCAUUAAUUGUUGUGGUUCAGGAAUUAGAUGGAUCAUUUACACAUACAGUGCAAAUCGAUUCCAAUCAUUCGAAACAUGAUCUUCAAUGCCAUUCAAAGGGACGAAGGCAAAAGAAGAAAAAAAUUCCACUUUCCACUGGCGAAGAGCUUGAAAUUGAUUUAGCAAAUAUGGAUCCUGACUCUCCGGUUCUUUGGAUUAGAAUUGAUCCUGAUCUACUUUUGCUACGAAAAGUUAGCAUUCAACAGCCGGUUUAUCAAUGGGAAUAUAUGUUAAAAUAUGAACGAGACGUCUUGGCACAGCUUCAAGCACUCGAUGUUUUACAGCGUUUUCCAAGUCCACACGCUAGAGCCAUUCUUAUUGAAACUAUCGAAACUGAAGUUUUCUUCUACCGAGUGCGAUGUCGUGCUGCAUAUAUUCUGGCAGAAGUAGUAAAUAAAUUACCAGAAACAUGGUUGGGUCCACCCGCUCUGAUGAUUUUAUUUAAGAAAUUUUUUGGUUGUAAAUCUGCGCCACAUAUUCCAAAACCGAACAAUUUUGUGGCCACAUCCGCGAAUUUGCAACUAUACUUCUUGAUGCAUGCAAUACCUCAAGCUUUGGCACGAUUGCGUUCUUCUUCAAACAAUGCCCUUUCAGAAGUUCAUCAUUUUCUUAUUGGUUUAAUCAAAUACAAUGACAAUACUGUGAACAGGUAUUCGGACGACCAUUAUCGAGCUUCAUUGAUAAACUCCUUAGCUGCUACAUUGGUGCCAGCCGAAAACAGAGAUAUAAUAAACAUGAGUCCUCUUUCUCUAAAUACCGAAAUGAAGGAAUUGCUGUCUGAGUUCACUCUUGCCUUAAAUAUGGAUACAUUAAAACCUAGUUUUGGCCGUGUUAUUGGAAUUACUGCACUUCAAGCUAUAUAUCACAUGCAGCGAACGUUUCACAUCCCCCUCGAUCCCAAAGUAUUUUGGUCCUUUGCGCAGCCGAAUAUGUAUGUGCCGAUGCGUCUCGCAGCGUUGACAUUUCUGAUUGACAUGGUUUACCGACACAAAUCGCCAUCUUUCGUCAGCGAAGUUACGAACAAAUUAAUAGAUUUAUGUUUCAGCGAUCCUGAGCCGGUUGUACGCUAUUACAUUGCAUCUCAACUGUCACUUAAACCACCACUUUGCAUCAUUUUGGGUGCCGAAAAUGAUACAACAUGGAAGUCAUUGUCACGCGAUAUAGCUACCAAAUUAUGGGCUCAGAUCAGUGACGCUAAAACGGAACCACGUUUACGUGGUCAUUACAUUGACCUUUGGUUUACAAUAUAUGGCAAUAAUGUACCACUGAUAUUGAAAUCAACUGAGCAAGUGGUGGAAGAGAAGCCAACAUCACGUAAUAUUCAUAUCACAACCAUCAAGAAUGGUACAGAUGAUUUAUUGAAUUCGUGGUCAUGGCAUAGUACUAUCAUUGAUACAGAUGAACCUGAUUCGCCGACUGAAAAAUUGAUAAAUGAAAUGAACGAUGAUACACUUCAAUAG